UUCUCACGAAGCUUUUGGUUUAUUCCUUCGUGGGAUUUUGUUUCUCUCAUUGUUGGGUGAAGUGGGUUUUGGGUUUUACUGGUUUUGGUUGAACUGUUCAUGAAUUGUUGAUGUCUUUGGUUAUUGGAGUUGCUUCAAGUUCCAAGAACAUGGGUUUUGAUGAAAGAAAAGAUGGUGAGGAGGAGAAUCGUUUACCACCACCAUCUCCAACGCCGACUGAAGAAGCUCUCGGAGGAGGAGAAAAGUACAAUAGACAGAUGAGUGAAACUUCUCUUUAUGGUACUGAGGAAGAAGAUGAAGAAGAAGGUAAAAUAGAGUUGGGUCCUCAAUACACAUUGAAGGCGCAGAUUGAGAAGGAUCAGGGAGACGAGAGUCUGCGGAGGUGGAAGGAACAACUUCUCGGGAGAGUGGAUUUGGAUUCCGUUGCAGAAACUUUGGAAGCAGAUGUUAAGAUCCUAAGCUUUUAUAUCAUCUCCCCUGGAAGACCUGAACUUGUUCUUCCGAUUCCUGAGGGUGGAAAUCCGAAGGGUCUAUGGUUUACUUUAAAAGAGGGUAGCCGUUACAGCCUAAAAAUCUCCUUCAAGGUCAGCAACAACAUUGUCUCUGGCCUAAAAUACACCAAUGCAGUAUGGAAAACUGGAAUCAAAGUGGACAGCACAAAAGAGAUGCUUGGAACCUUCAGUCCACAGGCAGAGCCUUACACACAUGAGAUGCCAGAAGAGACCACCCCCUCUGGCAUUUUUGCUAGAGGGUCAUAUUCAGCAAGAACAAGGUUUGUUGAUGAUGACGACAAAUACUACUUGGAACUCAACUACACCUUUGACAUCAGGAAAGAAUGGCCUUCCACUUAGCUGAUUAUUUUUCAUUCUGCAACAGCAGCUUAGGCUCAUUCAAUUGCAUUCUAAUUAACCUCCCCACUCCCCUUCUUAUUUUUCCUUCCAAAUAGAAAUUCAAAGAAGAAAAGGCCAUAAAUACAUUGGUGAAUAUCUCCCUUUAAUAAGAGAGAGGUUUUUCUUUCUUCUCUCCUUAUUCUGAUCGAGUCUUAAGCUUCAUUUCUGUAUCAUGAGCUUGUUCACCAUUUGUAUAGGACUCUUUAAAAAUGAAAGCAUUUCAGGUGAUGGGUUUGCUGAA